AUGAACUGGACGACAAUGGUUGCGUUGGUAAACGGUACGGCCGACUACGAGGACCCGAUGGGCACGGAGGAGGAGGUCCCCUGCCGGUCAACUUUCGGCGACCGGUUCCCGCUGUCAGCGGUGCUGAUGGUGUUCUGCAUGGUGACCGUGUUCGGCAACUGUCUGGUCAUAAUAGCUGUGGUCCGGGAGCGGUAUCUGCACACGGCGACCAACUACUUCAUCACGUCUCUGGCUUUCGCUGACUUCCUGGUUGGGCUGGUGGUGAUGCCGGUCAGCGCCGUGCAGGAGGUGCUUGACCACUACUGGACGUUCGGCAUAAACGCGUGCGACAUCUGGCGGUCGCUGGACGUGUUGUUCAGCACAGCGUCCAUACUGAACCUAUGCGUGAUAUCGCUGGACCGGUACUGGGCCAUCACCGAUCCGUUCACGUACCCGACGAAAAUGAGCCGGAAGCGGGCGUACCGGCUGAUCGCUGCCGUGUGGGUGUGCAGUGGCGUCAUCAGCUUCCCGGCCAUUAUAUGGUGGCGGCUAGUUCGCACCGAACCCGUUCCCAGCAACACAUGCCCGUUCACAAACAGCACCGGUUACCUGAUAUUCUCGUCCACCAUAUCGUUUUACGUGCCACUACUGGUCAUGGUGUUCACGUAUUACAAGAUCUACACGGCAGCCGUCACGCAGACCCGGUGCCAGCGGCUAGGCACCAAAGUGCUGUCAUCCACCCCGUCGUCCGGUGGCGGUUCCGGAUGUGGUGGAGGUGGUGGCGGUGGAGGUGGCGGAGGUGGUGGUGGUGGAUCCGGCGGCGGUCGGAUGGAACUCACGCUCCGAAUACACCGGGGCGGAGGGACUACCACGUCGGCGUCGGCAGCACACGGUGGUAGUGGAGGCUACACGCGAGCUCAUCAGCUGCAGAAAAACUUUUCCCUAAGUCGGAAGCUGAGCAAGCUGUCCCGCGAGAAGAAGGCAGCCAAGACGCUGGGCAUCGUCAUGGGCGUGUUCAUCGUCUGCUGGCUACCGUUCUUCGUCGUCAACCUGCUGUCCGGGUUCUGCGACGAGAGCUGUGUGUUCAAGGACCAACUUCUAUCAUCUGUGGUCGCCUGGCUCGGGUGGAUCAACAGUGGCAUGAACCCCGUGAUCUACGCCUGCUGGAGCAGAGAUUUCCGCAGGUAA